AUGGCUGUGGCGAGGUGCAUGAAAUCGCAUGUAAUCAUAGACCUGGAUGGUACGCUACUAAACACAGGUGACAAUGGAUUAUCCUAGCCUCUCUUCACCGGCUCAAUUUCCUGAUCUACUGAACUUUGCCUGCUUUUUCUACUCUAUUCUUCCUAUAUUUAGUCGUUCAUUGUUUUCUGCUUCCUGGCAGAUGGUAUUGUUGAGGAAGUAAUGAGAGUGUUCCUAGUCAAAUAUGGAAAACAAUGGGAUCGCAGAUGCGUUCAUAGAACUGUGGGGAAAACACCUCUGGAAGCUGCAAGUGCAGUCGUAGAGGACUUUGAUCUCCCUUUCUCAACCGAGGAAUUUCUAGAUGAAGUUACUCCAAUGUUUUCGGAACGGUAAUGAUUUGUUUCUCAUUUGACAUCUCUACACAACAUAUUUUCCAAGAACCAUGUUCCAUGAUGGCAGAUGGCAUAUUAGAUCCAUGAUAGAUGCAUCAACAACCAUACCAUCGAGUCAUUCUCUGUGGGGAGAUGCUAAACUCAUCUACCUGAGUAACUUUCUCAGAGGUGGUAAAAUCGAAUGGACGCUGAUUAUUCACUGUCUUACUGCCACAGUGGAAGUUAAUCAGAUCUGGGCAUGCGCCCAACAACUCAUUAAAUUAAUUAAAAAAUUCACUUUGUGUGAUGCAUGGCACAUCUUGAUUAGUAUAUGAUGUAAAAAUAGAUUAAUGCCCGUAACCGUCGGGCUGAUUUUUUUGCAGUAAAUCCCAUAAAUUAUGUUGGAUAGUCAAUAACUUCGUGAUUUUUUUGCACCCUGUGUUUCUCUGUCAACACGUUUUAUUAGCUUGUCCUAUUGACUUCUGUGUCUGCUUCCUACAAUCAAGUUUUUAUAUCGUGGACUUCUGCAGCUGGUCCACUAUUAAAGCCCUCCCAGGUGCUGACCGCUUGAUAAGACAUUUGUCCGGCAAUCAAGUCCCGUUGGCUUUGACUUCAAACUCCCCCAGGUCAAGCAUAGAGUCGAAAAUAGCCUCCCAUGACGGUGUGUUCGGUGCCUUGGAAAAAUUCUUUCAUGCGUGAAAAAUGAAUCGAAAACUUUAUGCCAUUACAAUGAUUCAUAUGUUUCUCCGCUCUUCAUAUACAGGUUGGAAAGAAUCAUUUUCUGUCAUUAUUGGUUGUGACGAAAUCAGAUAUGGAAAGCCAUCACCUGAAAUGUGAGAAGGAACAUUUUAUACAUCAAUAUUAUUAAGGUCUCUGUUAAAGUGCUCUCGACUCAUUAGCUAAUUCAUCAAUUCUUCCAUGUUCAAAGAUUCCUGGGAGCUGCAAACAGAAUGAAUGUUGAUCCUGCGAACUGCCUUGUCAUCGAGGAUUCACUGUAAGUUUCAAUAACUUACAAAAUUUUUCAUAUUAAUAGCCGUGGAAAACUAUAUCUCUGGUGAUUAUUUUCAUAUACCGCGCUUCUGCUGUAACUAGCAUUAUGUCGAUCGUCUCAUAAAUUCUCACAUUUCUUGGAGUUGAUUGUAACUAGAAGGAAACGUGUAUGACAACGGAUGGUUGGAUUUGUACGCUAGUCCAUAAAUUAUGUAUUUUCUGUAUUGGAGUGCCUUUUGCUGGGCAUGAAAAGAAGUUGAUUAGAUAUGAGUUAAUAGAUUUAAGAAUUUUCCUGUGAAAAAGCACACCUGCUUAUGAGUUCUUAAAAAAAAUGAAAUUCAUUGGUUAGACCUGAGGCUACAGCUAACGCCUUACACACUCAAUGUACAUGCCAGCAUAAAUUUGGGGAACAUGAGGGAAUAUACAUAACCCGCCUCCAAUAAACAGAUCAAGUUCAGUCUAAUAUUGGCCCAAACUUGAGCUCAGUUAUGCCCUUUCAAGUCUUCAAGCUGCCAAGUAACUAGCAUGUGAUUUUUAGUAUGAAUGUAGGAUUAGAAGAGGGAAGGGCUAAGAUUCUUUGGACUUCCACAGCCCAGAAUUUGAACUCUCUUGGAGGCUGUUGGAAAUAGUUUUCCACCACCUCUGGAUGCGUAUUAUGGAUUUAAGUUUUCUUUUGGUCCUCGAAAACCUAGAAAAAGUCUUCUCCCCAUGCCUUCUCUUCAGUUACCCUAGAAAUAGAUCACUUCCAUUUUCGUAAUUUUCUCUCUCAAGCAGUAUCUGCAUCUCCACAUUAGCUGCACAAAAUGAAAACUUCUUAGUCCGAUUCUCGCCGAUUUUUUUCCGUCUAGGCUUCAAACCAUUGAAGCAGAUGGGCCUUGAGAGCACUCUUCUGUUUCAGUCAUUUCUGGUCUAGUACAUCUCUUAUCCCAUGCUACAAAUCCGCCAGAUGUCCACCUCCAAAUUUCCAUAUUACUGACCAAUAGUGCGCUUGAGAUGAUGGAUAACACAGUGGACUGCUCAAAUUCUCCUAAAAUCAGCUGAAACCAUGAAAACCAGAAAAUAUUUAGAAGAGAGAUAUUAAUUAACCUUAGUGACUAUAAGAAUCCCAGCUGCAUUCCCGAGCACCCAUGAUCAUGUGAGAAUUCUUUGGAAGAAUUUCUUGAAUGAUGUUGUGGUCUUGAGACCUUGGAAAUUUCCUCCACUGGGUAAGAUAUGGCUCCGAGCACGCCUGAUGAUGCAGGCUGCGGACUUCUCCUUCCAUAUUCAAUCAUCAAAUAACUUCGCCUUGUUCAUCAUGUCUUCUCUGGUUGAGGUUGCUUGCGUAGAAAUCAGCCAACCAUCAUUUUAUCAAUAGAACAGAGGCCUACAAUGACGAAUUCCAGUGGAUUAUCUGAGACUGAGAAGAGUCUUUUUCCCACACCACAGGCCUGGCGUCAUUGCUGCGAAGGCUGCGGCCAUGGAUGUGGUCGCCGUUCCGUCCAUUCCGAAACAAGCAAAUCUGUACAGUUCAGCUGACGAGGUCAUCAAUUCUCUGUUGGAUCUACAACCUGAGAAGUGGGGCUUGCCUCCCUUUAACGACUGUACAUCCCUGAGCUCGGCCGUCGCCCAUUUUAAUCCCGCUCUUCUUCCGUCUCUAAUUCUCUAAGCCCUCGAGGUCGACUUGCAGGGGUAGACGACACGUUACCCAUCGAGCCCUGGUACAUCGGGGGUCCUGUUAUCAAGGGAUUCGGCCGCGGGUCAAAGGUUCUUGGGAUUCCCACAGGUUUGCCUUCUUUCUCAUCCUUCAUAGACCUGCAUCAUCACACUUCACAGCCCGGGAAAGGGAAGAACAGCCUGGAAGAGGGUAUAAACUAAUCUAAUAUAUAGAAUCAUGCAACACGGGCCAUGAACUAUUUCCAAAAUCGUCCUCUGAAAGAAUCAGAUGGGUUUCCUUUCAUUUUUAUUUUCUUUUUUUUCUGAUAUAUUUGGCAAAAAAUAAUCUUCGCCAUGCCCACAGCUAACCUUCCUGCUGAGAAGUUCCCGCAUGUGCUGGCUGAGCAAGCCUCCGGAGUGUACUUCGGCUGGGCCGGACUGUCGAGGAGGGGCGUCUACAAGAUGGUCAUGAGCGUCGGCUGGAACCCCUACUUCGAUAACACAGAGAAGACCAUAGUAAGUAGACAAACUCCCCUGAUCGUCGCCUUCUCCUUCCCUCCCCCGCACCUUCGCUGAAUGAGACGACACUCCUUCCUACAACGCCUGCAGGAACCAUGGCUGCUCCACAAAUUCGACGAGGACUUCUACGGCGAGGAGCUCCGUCUCGCCGUCGUCGGUUACAUCCGGCCGGAGGUACGAUCCCCUCACGGAAACUGAAACUCCGAUCAUCGUCCCCUUCCUUCCUCCGCUCACUCUCUGCUGCCUGCACAGGCCAACUUCUCGUCGCUGGAGAGCCUCAUUGCCAGAAUCCACGAGGACCGGCGGAUUGCAGAGAGAGCCCUCGAUCUCCCCCUCUACGCCGGUUUCAAAGACGCCGCCUUCUUCAGAACCCCUCCUUCCUAG